UUCCGGUCGGUGAAUUGAGGAGGUUGAGCGAUAAAUUUUCCAAUUUUGAUUUCUAUAUUAUUCGAAAUUACUUUCGGGUUGGCUAAACAAUUCUCCUUCGAUUUUCCGAUUCACACAAACUCCAAUAUCGUAAUUUCUAAAUCUCGAUCCAGAUUCCGAGCUCAUCCUUCUCCGGCGAAUUUCGAUUUCUGUUUUCCGAUCUGAUUACAGAGAACCACAUCGAAGCUUCCAGAAAAAACGAUGUUUAACGGAUUAAUGGAUCCUGAGAUGAUCCGUCUUGCUCAAGAUCAGAUGAGUCGUAUGACUCCUGCUGAUUUCGCUAGGAUCCAACAACAGAUGAUGUCAAAUCCAGAUUUGAUGAAUAUGGCAACGGAGAGUAUGAAGAACAUGAGGCCUGAAGAUUUGAAACAAGCUGCUGAACAGCUUAAGCAUACACGGCCUGAAGAUAUGGCUGAGAUUAGCGAGAAGAUGGCGAAAGCUUCCCCUGAAGAUAUUGCAGCUAUGCGUGCUCAUGCUGAUGCUCAGUUUACUUAUCAAAUCAAUGCAGCUCAGAUGCUUAAAAAACAGGGAAACGAGCUUCAUAGCCGAGGAAAUUUCAGUGAUGCUGCAGAGAAAUAUUUGCGUGCGAAGAACAAUCUGAAAGACAUUCCAUCUUCUAAAGGAGGAGCAAUUUUGUUGGCUUGUUCUCUCAAUCUAAUGUCUUGUUAUUUGAAGACGAAUCAGCAUGAAGAGUGCGUAAAGGAAGGUUCUGAGGUUUUGGCAUCCGAUGCAAGGAAUGUCAAAGCCUUAUACAGAAGGGGUCAAGCUUACAGAGAUCUAGGCUUGUUUGAAGAUGCCGUCUCUGAUCUAAGCAAGGCCCAUGAAGUUUCCCCAGAAGAUGAGACAAUUGCCGAUGUGCUAAGAGAUGUUAAGGAAAGAUUGGCUGUUGAGGGACCUGGCAAGGCAUCAAGAGGUGUGGUGAUUGAAGACAUAACUGAAGAAAAUAAUGUUACUUCCGGAGGGAAUAAAAAAUCGUCUAAAGAGAUUACUGGGACACAACGAGAAAGAAAUGUUAAUGGUCAUGCUCAGGGCGUAAAGACUGAUGUUGAUGGAUUGCAGGCUCUCAAAGAUAAUCCAGAAGCAAUCAGAACUUUCCAGAACUUCGUUUCAAAAACUGAUCCCGAUACACUUGCUGCUCUGAGCGGAGGCAAAGCUGGAGACAUGUCACCGGACAUGUUCAAAACUGCGUCGAGUAUGAUAGGCAAAAUGUCACCUGAAGAGAUUCAAAAAAUGGUUCAAACAGCCUCUUCGUUUAAAGGAGAUAACCCUUUCGCCCCAACUGCGCCAUCUACAGAAAACGGUUUUACACCCACACCUGACAUGCUUAAACUUGCAUCUGAUAUGAUGAGUAAGAUGUCACCAGAAGAGCGUGAGAGGAUGUUUAACAUGGCAUCGUCUUUGAAAGCAAACGCUCCAGCUUCAACAUCAUAUGGCACUGCAGAAGCAUCUGAACCACGGGAAAGUUUAGGAGCGAGUGGGAGUUCUUCGGGAAAUUCAUUUGUGGCGCCAAGAAGCGGUUUCGAACCAAGCAUCCCUUCUGCUCCGCCUGCUGACUUGCAGGAACAGAUGAGAAACCAAAUGAAAGAUCCAGCGAUGCGACAGAUGUUCACAUCUAUGAUAAAGAACAUGAACCCAGAGAUGAUGGCUAGCAUGAGCGAACAAUUCGGGAUGAAGCUUUCUCAAGAAGAUGCUGCAAAAGCUCAGCAAGCCAUGGCUUCUCUUUCUCCCGACGCCUUGGAGAAAAUGAUGCGAUGGGCGGAUCGGGCUCAAACCGGGAUGGAGAAAGCGAAGAAAGCAAAGAAGUGGCUACUCGGAAAAGGCGGAUUGAUCUUUGCAAUAUUAAUGCUCGUUUUAGCAAUGAUCCUUCACCGUCUCGGCUAUAUUGGAAACUAGAGGAAACAACGGUAUCUUAAGGCUUAAUUAAUAAUACCUUCGUGAAGACCAGACCAGUCUUCGGUGGGUUCGUAGUUUGUAAAACUGUAACAUCGUUUAUCUUCUUUUUCUUUCCUCUAACUCUCGGCUUUUUGUUGGUCCACUUGUGUCUAAAUUUCUUUACACUUUCUACUGUAGUGUUUUAAAAUUAGAGAAUAUACGAUUAUUUCCUUUUUAGAUA